UUUCAUGACAUAAUCUUCAGCGCCGUUCAUCAAGUUUUCCCGAAAGUUUGUGUGCUGGAUGGAUCCCCAGUACAGCCUGCCGCUGUGCACGUGCAAUCCUUGGACGAUGAUGAAAUAACAACGGAGCCUCCGAGCAGGCCUGGAUUCUAUGGGAGCGACAAUUUGCGAGUGUUAGUGGAGCGGUUUCUCGUGGAAUACUAUAAGCUGUAUGAUGGUGAAGAAGGAAAUGUUACGAGAAAGAACCUUGUACAGGCGUACGACCAAGAUAAUGAGGAGCUUCUAGCGUUUACUGUGCAAGGACUGUUUGAAGAUGGUACAUUCGCAAAACCUGGAGAGGUACCUCAGCUAAGCUUCUUCUCGAGGUCAUUCGUUGUUUCGCCAAGAGCGAAUGAGUCAAUAGCAGUCAUUUCUGAUAUGUUAUACAUCACAGGAAUUACUCCAGCGCGAGUCGCUCGGUAUAAGCUCAUGCUAAAUAAGGCCGCAUCGAAUGGACCCGCCCCAGCGCCAGCUGCACCUGUUGCACCAAUGAAUCCCAUUGCACAAGCUACAAGU